AGCGGCCAUGGCCACCACCUCUUUCUGGGACGUGGAUUAUGAGACCGGCAAGUCUCCCACUGGCUCCCUGGACAUCGACCCAGCCACAGCCCCCUGCAAGCAGGACGAGGUGGGCACGUUCGCACGCUACUUUGGCCCGGCCGUCUUCUCCGUGGCGUUCGUGGUGGGCUUGGCCGGCAACGGGCUGGUGCUGGCCGUCCUGGGCAGGCGCCGGUGCCCGUGGCCCUUUGCUGACGGCUUCCUCUUCCAGCUGGCUGUGGCCGACCUGCUGCUGGUCCUCAGCCUGCCCUUCUGGGCGACGCAGUUCACCCAGCCGUGGCCCUUCGGGGAGGCCCUCUGCAAGCUCCUGGGGGCCCUGUCCACCCUGAACGGCUACAGCACCGCCUUCCUCCUGGCCUGCCUGAGUGUGGAGCGCUGCCUGCUGAUCGGCCACCCCACGUGGCUGCACCGGCACGUGAGGCCUUCCCACGUGGGCCUGUGCUCGGCUCUGCUCUGGGGGCUCGCCCUGGGCCUGUCCUCGGUGGAGCUGCACUUCCGCAGCGUGGGCUACACCCCCCAGGCGGGGGCCGUCACCUGCCACCUGGGCUUCGGCGCCCGGGAGGCAGACUCCUGGCGGCUGGGGCUGCGCCUGGCCGCCUUCCUCGUGGGGUUCCUGCUGCCCCUCCUGGUGAUGGCGCUCUGCUACUGCCGGAUCGUGGCCAGGCUGCGCCGGGCCCAGCUGCCGCACAGGCGCCCGGCCGUGCGGCUGCUGGCGGCGAUCGUGGCGCUCUUUGCGCUCUCCUGGGGCCCGUACCACGGCUUCGUCCUGGUGGACAGCCUGGAGCGCCUGGGCCACUUGGCCCGCGACUGCGCCCGGGAGAAGGUGCUCGAUUUUGGGCUGCUGUUCACGGAAAGCCUGGGCCUGCUGCACUGCUGCCUCAACCCCGUGGUGUAUGCCUUUCUGGGGGCGAAGUUCCGGAGGGAGCUUUCCCGGCUGUCCCCAGGCCGGGGCGGGCACUGGAGCCCGAGGGACAGCCAAGCCUUGGAGGACUUCAGCCGAGCCACGGAGCCGAGCACGGCCCAGGCGGGGGACGGCUCCGUCAUGCUGUGAGGGCUGCCGCCGAAGGAAAGCCUUGGCUGAUGUGUGAAGGUCAGGUGGGCAGCUGGCUCUCUUGUGCUCGCCGGACGUCUUCCUUCCUUCCUCCCUCCCUCCCUUCCUUUUGGUCCUCACCAGGCAACAGGCGGAGCUGAGAUCCGCUCCUCACAUGCUCGGAACUCGUGUGGCUUCUUUGUGCAAAGGAGGCAAUGGCGCAAUUCUUCGUGCAUGAUGCACCAAGUUCCGCGUUCCCUUGCAGAAAAUAUGCAGAGCUGGAAUCCGCUUCCUGCCGAAUGCCCACGCAGAUGCUCCUUGUGAAAUGAACUAACUGGAGAGGAGAGAGAGGAGAGAGCGGGAACAUCCUUGCCAUUCUUAUUCUUAUGUAGGAUUCUUGUUCUAGCAUGUUACUGUAAUUGGGAAUUUAAAAAAAAGUCUCUUCCGA